UUGAGGAUAAUCUUUCACAGUUUCACAGGAGAGGAGAGGUCAAGGUGCCUCAGGAUCAGGUCUGCUCAGCUCAGAAGCCUUAAAUCUUAGCCGUGUCUCAUCUUCUACCGGAUUUAUUGUGCUCUUCUGCUCUCCAUUACUGACACAUCUUACACUUUUAAACUGUUGAUUCUUUUACUGCAUUUUUUGGACAUUUCUUACGUAGCCAAAUCUCUGUAUCAGCUAAUGUCACGAUUCUUUGGCUCCUUUUGAGUGUUUUUGGCUUUUUUCUUUUGAACCCUAAUUUCAUAUCUUGGACUUUGGUUCUCUUCCUCUGUACCUCUUUCUGCCAGUGAAAGUUCCAGGAAUGAGUCGAUAAAAAGUUUAAUGCUUGGAGUUGAAGAAUGGGGCUAUUUGAAUAUUGAGUGACUGGUGGGAUUUGAAUGAUUUUCUGUUUGUAAGAAAAGAAAAGGAACGAGCUUUCGGCGUCCUGCAUUUGAAGGAUCUCAGAUGAGAUAAUGGAUGGGGAGAGAAAGCGUUCAAAGGGAAGCUUUUUUCACUUCUUUGAUUGGAAUGGGAAGUCACGAAAGAAGCUGUUUGAGAAUAAUUCUGAAUUAUCUGAAGGAUCGGAGCAAGAAAAAGAAAAUGUGGAAAGUAUAGCCAAACUGCAGGUUCAUGCGAUAGAGGAGGAUGAUAGAAGAGCAAAUUCAAGUAACAAAGGGAGCAUUGACUUUAGUAGCACUUCAUCAGUAACUAGUGAUGAAGGAUUUGGAACUAGAGCACCUGGGGUGGUUGCUAGACUUAUGGGCUUGGAUUCUUUCCCAACGUCAAAUGUUGCCAAGCCCUCUUCUACCCCUUUUUAUGAUUCUGCUUCAUUUAGAGCAUCUCAGCAUGAUAGGAGUAACCAUAAUUUAUGGAGUGGGUAUAAUCCCAUGGACUACCUUAACAAUUCUGGUAAACAGGAAGGGUAUGCUUGGGAAUCAAGGUCACUAAAGAUGCAAAACCGGCCAAUUGAGAGAUAUCAAACUGAAAUAUUGCCUCCAAAAUCAGCUAAAUCAAUUCCUAUCACCCACCAUAAGCUGUUGUCUCCAAUCAAGACUCCUGGAUUCAUCCCAACAAAGAAUGUGGCUUACAUAAUGGAGGCAGCUGCAAAGAUAAUUGAGGCAAGUCCUAAGGCAACUAUAAAUGGUAAAAUGCCAUCAAUUGGGACAUCUUCAGUUCCAUUGAGAAUUCAGGAUUUGAAACUGAAAAUGGAAGCAGCUCAUACAGCAUCUAGGCCUCAAAGACCAAAUGAAUUGUUUUCUGCCAAGAAUACAAAAGGACAUCAUAGUGACAAUAAUCGGACACGGUCUGAAGGCAAGUUAUCAUGCAAUGCGUCAAGUUGUUCUGAAAAAGGUGCUUCCGACAGUUUGAAGCAUAAGGGAAAAUCAAUUUCACUUUCAUUACAAUCAAAGUCCAAUGCUCAGAGAGGAAAGGGAUCAACUUCAAGAAAUAAUAACAUUAAGCAGAAGGAGCAGAUGGAGAUUAGGUCUAACCAAUCACUUAAAAGCCUGCCCAAUACACAAAAGGCCAAGAGAACUUCUGAAGGAAAAACUGGCAAUGUGCUCAGGCAGAAUAAACAGAAACAGAAUUGUGAGUCUGGUAAAGAGAGCUCAACUUCGAAGAAUUCAGUUUCUAACCAGUCAGGCAGAAAAGCUCAGUCCAUGAGCAGUUCUGCUGGGCAUAGUAGGACUGCUAACAAAGUUGUUAUAAAGCCUGAAACUUUGUCCAAAAAGGUGCAUUCGGUGGUCACAACUUCUGAAAGGGACAAACCAAGUAAUAUAUCCAGGAAGAAACAGUCUGUCAAUGGUGAUUUCCAAGUUGACAGAAGUGUUUCUCAUAACGUAUCAUGUAAUCGAGAUGUGAGAUUGAUAAAAUGUAAGGUUGCAACAGAUGGAAGCAUGCACACAGAUAUAGAUAAUAGGAAAAAUGGCAUGGAUGUUAUUUCGUUUACAUUCACAUCCCCUGUGAAGAGGGCAACACCUUUUCAAUCUUCAAUGAUGGGAGAAACUAACAGCUGUUCCAUUGAUUCUUUUGCUGCUAAUGGUCAUCCUUACUUCCAAAAGUCCACGUCUUCUUUUUCUGGGUUAACUAUAGUUGCUGGUGAUGCUUUGGGUGUUCUUUUGGAACAGAAGCUGCAGGAAUUAACAAAUAAAUUUGAAUCGACCCAUUGUAACAUAAUCAGAGACAAGAGUUCUGGUAGUUCUACAUCAAGUUUGCAGAAUUUUUUGUCCACGGUCAAUGUGGUUAGCACUGUUCCUGCAGCACAAGAUGAGAGGAUUGAACUUGUAGAAAUAGACAAAUCAGAUCAUCCAGAUUGCUGUUCAUUAGAGAGUCCAAAGCUUACCAAGAACCAAAUAUGGCAGGGAUCUGAAGAAAUGGAAGAGCACAGCUGUAGCAGGAGUUUCAGCUUUGCUGAAAUAGACCUUGAAUGUCGACAUCCUAGUCCAGUUUCAAUUCUUGAACCUAGUUUUGAGAGUGCAAGUUGCUCAAAUACUAAUGUUCAAUCUGACGAGAUGCUCAGUGAUUUCUCUACAAAUGAGUUCUUGGAAGUGGAAGCGGAGACAGAACUAUCAGAUUCAGCCUCCUCAAUAUCUACAUUAGACAUAAGAAGGAAGCUCGCCAGAACAUUCACUACAACAGAAGUUAAGGGAUCAAGUGACUGGGAACUAGAUUACGUAAAGGACGUACUUAAGAACGCAGAAACGAUGUUGAAAGAUUUGGCACUGGGACAUGCCCCAAAAAUCAUAAAUCCCCAGCUUUUCCAUCUGUUGGAAAAUCAAGAGAAUGUAAUAAAAAGAAACGAAGGAGAGGACUCCAAGCUUGGGCGAAAGGUUUUGUUUGAUUGCGUUAGCGAACGGUUGGAGCUCAUGUGUGGACAAGCUUUUGUUGGGAGCUGCAAGUCAUGGGCUAAAAUAUGCAUGUUAUUUGAAAGUAAGGGGUGGUUGGCAGAGGAAUUGUAUCAGGAGAUCUCAGGUUGGAAAAGCAUGGGAGACUUAAUGGUGGAUGAGCUUGUGGACAGGGAUAUGAGCACUCAGUAUGGGAGAUGGCUUGACUUUAACAUAGAAAUAUUUGAAGAAGGUGUAAAGAUUGAGAAGGGAAUUCUAACUUCUUUGGUUGAUGAACUGGUUUCUGAUUUCUUUAUCAUGUAAAAAGCCCUUGAAGAAAGGCUUCUCUUAAUUUCUAGUGUAUCUAUGGAAGCUGGUUCAGCUUUGUGUUCUUCUGUUUGCAGCAGGAAAGAAUAUGUAUAUCAUCCAUUCAAGUCCA